GGAGGCAUGUCUGUCUCGGUCACUAUCGACUUUGAGCUACGCCGAAGUUUUUCGUUUUGACAUCCAUCAUAAAACGAUAACACAAACAAACAACAUUACGCUCCGAGUUCUUCCUCGUUUGCACGAGGGAACAACUGCACAGGUAGACAAGAACACCGAAUGAACACGACAAUGUCAUUGAAGAAAGAUGGUGAUGAUGUUGAUAAAAGAGAUAAAAGUGAACCCUAUCCAACGAAUGCAAUAGUGUUAUUCAACAAGGACAAAACAUUCAACAAACACAAUAAUGAAAAUACCAUCGAAGAUACACGCAAAAAAAUUGCCGUUGACACUGACAACAACAUCGACAUCGACAAAAAAAAUCACAAUUACAAUCACAAUAGCAUCAAUAUGAGCAGAAACAGAAAAAGAAUUGACGACAAAAAUAUCAGGAACCAUAAGAACAUUCCUUACGAAAGCGAGUGCGAGCACAACCAUACUAAAGAGCAAGGAAUAAGCCGUUGGGGGGAGUUUUUUGAUACUGACAGAGCUAGUGAAGCAGUGCAGUAUUAUUCAACGACCGCAACAGCCAUGAUUUUAACCACGACCACAACCACGGUAACAUCCACGAAGGUUUUGAAGGUGGUCAGAGCAAAAGAACCAGAGCAACAGCAAUAUCUAUCGAUUCAUCAAUUUCUGUUCAACAGCAAGAUCUUCAGCUUCGCUUCAAGCCGCCCUUCUAUUUUUGAGAAACACAACCUUGGAACAAGUUGUUCUGAAUAUACAAGUGUGACAAUGGCAAUCAGUCAAUCCUCAUCGUUUUCGCUCUUUAUUGAUGGUGACGACGGUCAGAAAAUUAGUACCCUGAGCUGUAGCAACAAAAAUUUACUCGCGGUCGAUAGAAAGGGUGACAAAUGCAUUAUUUUUGCAAAAGAAGACCGAUCCAUGCCAUUGCCAAGAAUUUUGAAGAGCAGCGGAUCUCUCGAGAGCAACAACUGCGCGACAAUGGUGCCCACAAGCAACAGCACCGUGAGUACCUGCCCAUCCGUGAUUUACAACUGGAAAAACAAGUUUGAUUGCGAUAGUGGUUCUUUCGACGAUAGAGUUGAUGCUUGCGACAAUCAAGUGGACACACAAAAAAAGAGCGACAAUAUUUGCAGUAGUGAAGAACAUCAAAUAGAGGUAAUAGAACUGUCACAGGAAGAAUCAAGAAAGGAUUUCUCUAGUUGUACAAACGAAAGUGACGGCAACUUCCCAGAAGGAGAUCAAGAAAUAAUCCCCCCUUCGUCGUGGUCGUGUUCGGCAGCUAUGAUGUUCGCCAACAACAAUGACUACGAAGACAAUACAAAAAGCAGAGAAAAAUCUGAUGUUGAGGAAAAGAAAUUUGUUCCAUCUGAAGUCUUCGACGAUGAUGAAUCUGGUAUGUCGUGGUUUAUCAACACAUUUCCGAACUAUAACGAAAGCAACAGUGCCAUAAUUCUGCAUUCUGAGACCGCCAUCAAACACCCUAAAACAACUGUUGCUCUCACCAUUGAAGGGGGACUUGAUCCUUCUUCUUCCUUGUUGCCGUCAUCGUCCGUAGAUCUGUCAUCAAAAAAAGGAAGAAACUGCAACGUAUACGGUGGUCUAGAGUCGCUAGCGUCCGAGCUUUCGAACCUUAUGUUUUCUAUCGAGGAAGAACAAGAAGUUGUUUUUUCCAACGAAGACGAAAAAGAUGACAAAGUAAAAGGAGAAGUGAAAAUGCAAUCACGUGCACUAGAACAAGAAUAUUGUAGAGAAGAAAGUAUCCAGCAAUUAUUUGAAACGUUAGAAGAAAAAGAGGCUGAGGUGGAUGAGGCCCUGGAAUCUAUAAUAAUGGAAACUCUUGAAAUCGAGGGGCAAGACAACAGAGUUAUCGACAACGAGAAAUAUGAUAGUCAACAGGAAAAUGAUCUAGUUGAGAUUGCUUCUGCAAUACAGAAAUAUAGCCAAGAAGAUGGCAUGGAUGAUGACAUGGACAACAAAAACGAACUGCUUUCGAAAGUUACAGAAUCUUUUAUCGCCUUGCCUCAAAUGUUGUGCAUAACGCCACGGGAGCAGCAACAUAUCAUUCACAAUGAUGAUGUUCUGAAUGGUGUUAACACCAAUAAAGAAGAUGAAGAAACUGUGGAUCAUCAAACUAAUGCUGUCGAUGAGAAAGAUCCGCAUAGAAAAUUUUUCGCUGAUGAGUUUCCGAGAGCAAACAUAGAGGUUCUUGCUGGUUCUAGUCAUUCUAACAGUUACAGCAACGAAUUGCUUGGCAAGAUGGCAAAUACCUUCAGGUCGCUGCCCCAAAUGAUGGGAUUGACACAACGUGCACAGUCACAAGGUGUCGAUGACAUAAGCAUUACCUGCAGCAAUGGAAUCAACAAAAGCAAAAAAUGCUCCAGUGAAAUAUCCAGUGAUGUUGGAAACAGAAUAACGACAAUAAUCGAACCAGAUUGCGUAUCAUCGUCAACAUCGAAUCACCCAAACAUCGAAGUGAAGCUUCAGACAGACAUCAACGGUAGUGACGGUCGAGACAACAUUGUCGUUGUCGAUGAAGUUGCCAGAAUGCUUCGGAAAAACAAGAAAAAGAAGAAGGAGAAAAAUCUGAAGUCCAAGCACUGCUGCUCGGACGCAAUGGACGUGUUGGUGUCAUUGACUCUUAUGGAAAUGGAAAAGUCAUCUAACGAAAAUUUUGUGAACGAGAUGCGGGCUAUGAGAGUACAUGAAUCUCCCUCAUCAGACAACUUUUUCAAUUCUGCCAGUGGCAGCAUAGAUAUCUCUCGCGGUGAUCCAUCGGACAGUCAUCUGGUACGCGAUUCCAACGUGGACCUUACAGCCACUACGAACGAUUUACAAGAACUUAAGGAACACAGCGAAAUUUAUGAUGAACCGAACACUAUCAGUCCGCCAUUGGAUUCUGAUAGUUUUUCAAUCGAUUGUUUCCCCGAGAAUUUUUCUAUGGACGAAGAUGUUUCGCAGACUACGACCCCAUCCGAUACAAAUAAGACGAAUCCAGAAGGGGGAAAGCCUAUUGUAAUUGUAGUUCCUCUCCAACGGGAAGGAAAUAGUGACAAGGCUUGCAAUGAAAUCUCGUCGGCAGUGUCCGGAUCCUUUGAAUUCCUCAAGUCGUUGUCGUCCGAGGAACGCAUCCCGAGUCCACCCCAAUUCAAACUCCCAUUCAACAAUCCCAACGCGUCUUCUGCCGACACCAAACUGGACGAAAUCCACUCGACAGACGACCUCGGUACUAGCUUUGCUUUGCCAUUGAGUUAUGCCUUGAACACAAUCGACAUGCCGUCGCAGAAGAAUCUCCCUUCCAGGAAUCAAUUUACAUCAUUGUUCACUCGGGAUCUCUCUGUAUCUCCUCAGAAAUUAGUCCAUACAACCUUAUCUCUGUCGUUGUCGUUAUCAUUAUCGGACGACUGCUGUCCCAUCCCCCCGAGUCCAAAGCAUUCAACUAAAGCAUCAAAGGAGCCCUCGUUUGAUGAUGCACUUCCUUCAAAUAUGGACUCUCAUAAAAGCGAAGGCGAAACAGAAGGAUCGAUAGUGGUAUCGAUUUCCGAGUCGCUACAGGCCGAAUCAAUGAAAAACCCUAGCUCGUUGAGUCCGAAGAAAAUGAUAGCCACCACCACCAAGGCACCGAAAGGUCUCCUUAAAACUAUCAAUACGGAAGGUCUUGACAAAGAAAGAAGACAAAAGGUUUUCCCACAUCUGGCCAUGAACAAAAUCCUGUUUAAUGCGACCAAAAAGAAAAAUAAGGGACUCGGGAACAACACAAAAAAACAUAUUGACAUUGGUGAUAUUGCAGAAGACAGCUUGCGUAUCAGAAGAUCGUGCUACCCGCUUUUCUCUCCGUCUCAAGCUCUGACAAGAGAUGACCUUUCAGCAUCCACCGGUAAGAUUCUGGGUAACGAUACAGAGGAGCAACAGAACCAUGUUUACCCCUGCACAAAGGAUCAAAACCGUGAGGUGCCAAUGGGCGUUUCACCGAAGAGCAUUUUGAAAGCGUCAUCACAAGGAGACGGCACUUCUUUUUCUGCUCUCGAGGAAUCCACGGGGAUAACCCCAGAGUCACAGAGUAGCAAACGCAGAGUACACUGGAACGAAACCCAGCUUGCCGACAAGAUCGAAAAAGGUGUGAUGUUUCAGAACCAUCGGAACGGCAGGCCCAAGAGGCCGGCAUAUGCCCUACAGCAGUUAAUGUGCGAAAUUGCGGAUAUCCAGGACGGAUAUGGCAGUGAUAUGGAGCAAUUGUGGGGAUACCAACAAAAGCCACAAGGAUACAUCUGCUGAUUCCUGUCACCAAACUGGGUUUGUUUGCUCAUUCUCGUAUCGGUUGUGGCAUCCAUCUAGCAAUUUUAAUUCAUCCAUCUAUUCAAACGAUACAUACAGACUAGACACUAUAAACAAUAGACAUCCAU